UAAAGAUGGUGUCCACAGCAUGUUGACCACGAUGAUAACAAGUACAAAUCAUGUUUAAGGAUGUUGAAACAAUAUAUGAAAGGUAUGGCUUUGACAGAAAUGUUGCACUACAGAAACAGAUUUCCUUAGUUGAUGUAAAGAUGAUCUUGACUUCUUCAAAGGGAAUGAAAUUGAAAUCUUUGGUAUUGAUGAGAUCAAAUGUGAGCUAUCUAUCAGAAGACAUACAUAAUAAAGUGGCAAGAAAUUUAAUUUGAGACUGGAAAACACUUCUAUAAAAUUUCUUCACAUCCUGCAGGGAUUUUGAAGAUAUUUGGCAUCAUUCAGUUUAAAGAGAAACUUUAUCAAGAAUAUUUUUUACAAUGAAGCCGGUAGUUCUUCAUUUAAAACAUUCGUCUAUGCUGGAUUAUGUUAGGACAGAUAAAGGCAAGAAGGCAUAUAAGUGUGAUAUAUGUGGGAAGUUGUUCAGUCGUACAAAUGACCUACACGAUCAUGCUAGAACACAUACAGGAGAAAAGCCGUUCAAAUGUCACAUUUGUGGAAUGGCAUUUAAACAAGCCAGCUACAUGACGCCACAUCUACGGACACAUACAGGCGAGAAACCAUUCAAAUGCGAUAUCUGUGGCAAGAUGUAUGCUAGAUCUACCGACCUACACAGGCAUUCAAGGUCACAUACAGGGGAGAAGCUACACAAGUGUGAUGUUUGUGGAAAGAAAUAUACUAUGGCAAGGAAUCUUAUUAUCCAUAAAAGAAUUCAUACUGGGGAAAAGUUGUACAAAUGUGAGAUUUGUGGUAAGUCAUUGAAUUGUGCACUUAGCUUGAAGGCACAUGUUGGCUUACAUUCAGGAGUGAAGUCAUUCAAGUGUGACAUCUGUGGAAAAGAAUAUGGAAUGGCACAAAGUCUCAAGAGACAUAGCAAGACACAUUUGGAGAAGAAAAUUUGUGAAGUUUGCAAGAAAACUUUUACUGGUGCAGACAAACUCAAAGAACACCUCAAAGUGCAUGUUGGAGAAAAACCGUUCAAGUGUGAAAUCUGUGGGGAUAAGUUUAGUCUAUCAAGAUAUCUACAGGUACAUUCUAGAACACAUACAAGAAAUAUAUCCAAGAUGUAUACAUACCAGCCAUCAGAAAUAAUCAAGUGUGAAAUCUGCGGUAAAAGAUUUAAAAAACAUGAAAGCUUAGAGUUACACCUUAACAUACAUAAUAUAAGGCAAAGCCUACCAACACACAUAGAGACAACUGUUACAGGAGACAGUUUACCAACACAACUCAAGACGCAUGUUACAGGAGAUAACCUACAAACUCCACGCAAGACGCAUGUUACAGGAGAUAACCUACAAACUCCACGCAAGACGCAUGUUACAGGAGACAGCCCACAAAUACAACUCGAGUCACCAGUUACAAGUGACGGUCUACUGACACAUCUCCAGACACAUGUUACAGAGAAUGGUCUACAGACGCAACUUGAGACACAUGUUACAGAAGACAGUGUAUCGUCUCACUUCGAGACACAUGUUACAGAAGACAGUGUAUCAUCUCACUUCGAGACACAUGUUACAGAAGACAGUGUAUCAUCUCACUUCGAGACACAUGUUUCAGAAGACCGUCCACAAACACAAACCGAGAUGCCUGUCUCAGUAGAAAGCUUUCUCAUACAUAAGAUACAAGAUACAGAAGAAAAGACACAUAAAACCAAGGAAAUAACCUAUGUGACUGAAAACAUGACACAAGGUUCAGGAGAUAGCAAGACACUAGUGGAGACACAUAUUACUGGGAAAAACAUUCGAUUGAUGGCACCUCACUUUGAGACACGCACAACAGAUAACAGUCGAACACUACUGGCACCACAUCUGGAGACACUUAUAUUUAUAGAGGACAGUCAGUCACCUGUGACAACAAACAUUAAAACGCUCUUUACUGGUGAAAGCAUUCAGCUAGUUUCACCACCCAUUGAGACACAUGAUGAAGGGGACAGCUUACCACCAACACUUGAUACACAUAUCACAUAUACAGUAGAGAGUUUACUCACAUAUUUUGAGACGUUCGAAAAAUCCUGCAAAAUUCAUAAUGAGAGACAGGUUACAGGAGACAUGGAAUAUGAUAUAGAUGACAGCCAUUCAUCAGUGGCUCCCCACCUCGAGGUGCAUAUUACAGGAGAUGGUCAUGAUCAGCCAUUGGUUGCAUCACACUUUGAGACGGAUACCAUUGAUGAUAGCCACCCUCCUGUAGAAUCGCAUCUAAAGACACCUAUCAUAGGGGAAAGUCAGCAACCAGUGGCAACACACCUUGAAACACAUAUCAUAGAGGAUAUCGAGCAACCAGUGGCAUCACAUCUAGAAACCCAUAUAAGGGAAAGCCACCCACCAAUGGCAUCUCUUCUAGAAACACAUAUCAUAGGAGAUAAGUUGCCACAAGUGGCAUCUCACUUAGAGACACAUAUCAUAGGGGACAACCAGCAACCAGUGGCAUCACCUCUAGAAAUAAAUAUCAUAGGAGAUAAGUUGCCACAAGUGGCAUCUCACUUAGAGACACAUUUCAUAGGGGACAACCAACAACCAGUGGCAUCACCUCUAGAAAUAAAUAUCAUAGGAGAUAAGUUGCCACAAGUGGCAUCUCACCUAGAUACGCAUAUCAUAGGGGACAACCAGCAACUUGAGACAUAUAUUACAGGGGACAGCCUAUCACUAGUACAACCACAUGCUAUGACACCUGAUAUAGAAGAUAGUCUACCAUCAGUUCUAAGUACACAUGUUAUUGGAGACAGCUUACUUGAAAAUCUGUAGAUGAUAACAUAUAGUAUAAAAUGGAAAAUAAAAAUGGAAGAGCCAAAAGCAUCACAUAGAAUGUCAAACACAUUUUGCACAAGACAAGACACAAUACAUAAUGUAUACUGGAUAAGUGUUUAUUUUAAUACUUGCCUUUAAUUAUACUCCAAAUGAAAAAAAAAGUUUAUAUGUAUACAUGUGUAUACACACAGCUACAUGUAUGGAACUGUGGGUCUUGUACUCAUGUACAAUUGUCUUGUAUACCUAUCUGGACACAAUUUAUACAUGUACACAUGUAACCUAAAGUAUAAGGUGCAUCUAAAAACCACAAGUGCUCAAACUGAAAUAUUGUUAAAUAAAUUGUUAAUGAUUGUUAUGUUAA